UCCAAGUGCCUAAUGAAGUAAUUGCUAAGUAUCCGUUUGACAAACCUGGAAAACCAGGUGAUUUAACUGCUAACGAAGUUGGUGGAGAUUUUGUUAAUCUUGCAUGGACUAGACCUUCCACAGAUGGUGGUGGUCGUAUACGUGGUUAUAUUGUAGAAAAACGUGAAGUUGGUGCACAGAACUGGUCGCGUGUCACUCCAAAUCCUAUACUUACACUCAGUUACAAUGUUCCGAAUUUGAUUGAGGAUAAAACCUAUGAGUUUCGUGUUAUGGCUGUCAAUGAUGCCGGCGAAAGCGAACCAACUACGAUAGAUCGACCCGUGUGUGUUAAAGAUCCUAAAGCUGUUUCACGACCGACGUUCAUCAGUGGUCUUAAACCACAGAUUGUAAAUGAAGGUAGAGAUGCUGUAUUUGAAAUUGAAGUCGACUGUUCAUCGAAUUACGAUGUAGUAUGGUCAAAAGGUCCUCGAGAUCUUGUUGAGUCCCAUCGUAUUGAAAUGACUAAAGAAGGACGCUUCCAUUAUUUAACGGUUCGUAACUGUGGCCUUGAAGAUGCUGAUGAGUAUAGUAUCAAAGUUUCAAAUCGAGGUGGUUCCAAAGUCAGCCGAGCACCACUGUCUGUCAAAUCUAAACCUCAAAUACAUUUACCAAGCCGUUGGCAAGAGCCUACAGAAUGGGAACGUGGUGAUUCUAUUGUAAUCAAAGUACCAUAUACAGGAUUCCCUAAACCGAAAGCUAAAUGGACAUUAAAUGGUAAGGAUAUAAGGGAAGGGAAAAAUGUCAAUACUCUGCUGAAAGAUCGUCACGCUAUAAUCACCUUGGAGAAUGUAGGCGAAGAAUUCUCGGGCAAAUUAAAUAUAACAUUAGAAAAUGAAAUGGGAUCAGAUUCAGCAAAUAUUGAAUUACGAAUAAACGAUAGACCACCACCACCAAUCAAUUUAAAAGUAGAAGGUGUAGCUGAUGGAUCAGCACUUUUAUCUUGGAGUAUGCCUGAAGGGACUGGGUAUAUUUCUCAGUAUAUCAUUGAACGAUGUGAAAUGCCUGGUGAUAAUUGGAUUAGAGCAGGUACUAAUCGUUUCUCAACGUAUAAUUGUGAAGGACUUGUCAAUGGUAAAGAAUAUCGAUUUCGUGUAAUUGCAGAAAAUCUGCAUGGUCGAAGUGAUCCAUGUCAACCUACUGAAAGUCACUUAAUUGCUGCAGAUACUCGUCAGCGUGGUGCUCGUCGAGGACGCGAAGAAGGUCGUAGUGAUUAUACUGGACCUCCAAUUGAAAACUAUGAUAGAUUUCAUCGAAAUAUUUGGGACAAGCAAAUACCACUGCCAACUCAAGUUCAUAAAGGUGAAAGUGUCUAUGAUUAUUAUGACAUCAUGGAAGAACUUGGGAUUGGAACAUUUGGUGCCGUUCAUCGAUGUCAAGAGAAGACUACGGGUAAUUCGUAUGCGUGUAAAUUUGUGAACACUGAUACACCACAAGAUAAACAUGUUGUUUUAAAUGAAGUGGACGUGAUGAAAGAAUUGCAUCAUCCGAAAUUACUCAACCUUCACGAAGUAUUCGAUGAUAAGAAUGAUGUAGCGAUGGUUAUGGAGCUACUUACUGGCAGUGAACUACUUGACCGAUUAGCAGAUGAAAAUUCUACAAUGUCUGAAGCUGAUGCUAUUAAUUAUAUUCGACAAGUAUGCGAAGGUAUACAACAUAUGCAUGAUACAAACAUCAUACAUCUGGACAUAAAGCCGGAAGAUUUAAUGUUUGAAACAUCGAAAUCAAAAAAUCUAAAAAUUGUAGAUUUCAGUUUAUCAAGGAAAUUAGAUCCUAAAACACCAGUUAAAGUUAGUUUAUCACAUCCAGAAUUUGCUGCACCAGAAAUUACACGAUCUGAACCAGUUGGAUUUUAUACAGAUAUGUGGGCAAUUGGAGUUUUGACUUAUAUGAUUUUGAGCGGUUUAUCACCCUUUGCUGGAAAUACUCCAGCUGAAACAAUAGAGAAAAUUGGAAGAGGUCAAUUUACAUUCGAUCAUGAUGCAUUCAAUGGAAUUUCGGCUAAUGGUAAAGAUUUCAUUAGUAAAUUGUUACAAAAACAACCAAACCAGCGUAUGACUAUCUAUGAAGCCUUAAAACAUCCCUGGCUUAAUGAAGCAAUCACGGACGAACAGCGUCGACGUAUUCCACCUUCACGUUAUAAAGAAUGUCAAAGACAAAUGCAUGAAAGAAUGGGUGAUAUAUAUCAAAGAAGCCCGGCUAUUGGUCAUUUGGCAAAUUAUUCAUCAAUACGUCAAAAUAGACGAGAUAAAUAUCAAAUACAAGAAACAAAUUUCGAUCGUAAAGAGGCUGGUCCACGUUUUGUAAAAUGGCCUAGUAAUCAAUUGGUGAUGGAAGGUGAAAAUGCACAAUUUAAUUGUCGUGUUAUGGCACUUUCUGAGCCCAUCGUCACAUGGCAUUUUGGUGACGUUCAAUUAUCUCAAAGUGUAAAACAUAUGCAACGCUAUGCUGGGCACGAUUAUUCCCUAAAAAUAAAUAGGGUACGUACGGAGGAUGCAGGACAUUAUACUGUUCGUGCUGAAAACAGUUUUGGAAAACGUGAAUUCCCUGUCUUACUAACAGUACAACCACUACAAGAAAUUAAAAUUGAACCGUUGCCACCAGCAUCACGUAAAAAGAUUGAACCAGCGCCCGUCGAAAUGUUCCAUGAAGAAGAGACAGCACCGCGUUUCGUUUUCCAUCUACGAAAUCGUUAUAUACAAGAAGGUGGAAGUGUGAAACUGACAUGCUCUGUCGAUGGUUGUCCUACUCCAGUAAUCACAUGGUUUAAAAAUGGUAAAGAAUUAAGAAAAGGUGAUGGGAAUUAUGAAAUUCAACAGAUGCUUGGUAUUACGUCACUUGAAAUAUAUUCCUGUUCAGAAAAUGACUCUGGACGAUAUUCCUGUCGUGCAGUGAAUAGUCAUGGUGAACAUGAAACUGAAUGUAAAGUUAUCGUUGAAGCGAGCCGUGUUAAACGAUUUCUCAGUGCUCAACAUGCUGACCGAAAAAUACGUUCAAGUAGUCAACAACCUACUGGUUUUGAAUCAAGAAAUGAAAAUUCUUCAUGGCGAGAUGAUAAAAGAACUUUGACUCGUCUUACUGAAAGACAUGCAUCAGAAGUACGUGAAAUUAAUGAAACACGUGAUAAAUGGUCAAAUAAUGAAAUCAGAGGAUUACGUGACUUAGUGGAACAUAGACCUUCCAAUGGUGAAAUCCAACCUAUUCGAGUUGCUGCACCUAAAUUGUCAAAAGGGUUAAAACCCAUUACACAAGUUGAAUUAGGCAAAAGUUUCAAAUUGGAAGCAAGAUUUGAACCAACAAAUCCCCCAACUAAAAUUCGCUGGAGUUUUAAUAAUCAAGAAAUCACUUCAGACGGUAAUAUAAAGAUCACAACAUCUGAAGAUGGUGAAUUCAGUUAUCUUGAAGUAUUUGAUUCUAGUUUUUCAAAUGCAGGUGAUUAUGAAGCUAAAGCUGGGACAACUAUUACUCGAACCAGUGUCAAAAUUGAAGCCCCAGCUAAUUCAUUGAAUGGAAUGAUAGAUGAAAAUGAUGACGAACUGUCAGAUGAAUUUUCUAGUCAAGCUGUUGAACAAGUAAUAAAUGAUAAUGAUGGAGGAAUCAUACCUAAAGCUGUUGGAUUAGCGCCAUUAUUCACUGUCCAUCCAAUAAGCCAAACUGUCAAAGAAGGAGAUACGGUUUGUUUAGAGUGCACUGUAUCAGGAGAUCCCAUUCCAGAAGCUGAGUGGUAUUAUAAUGAUGGUCCUAUUCAAGCUGGACAUAUAUUUUCUCAAGAUAACGAAAUCAUAAAGCUUGAAUUACAAGCUCUAUUACCCGAAGACACUGGUACUUACGAAUGUCGUGUCACAAGUUCAAUGGGAAAAGCAUCGACUAUUGCCUUCCUUGUUGUCGAACCUGCAAACGAAGUGCCAAAAGGACCUAAUUUCCUCACUUUCCCACAAUCACGUAGUGCUGAAGAAAAUGAAUCUGUUACUUUGAAAUGUUCCUUUAGUAAUUCACCAGUUGAAGAAGUUUUUUGGUUUCGCAACGAUGCUCCGUUGGAUCCUAAUUAUUGUGAUUUUGAUAAAUCUGCUCAAACCAGUAUAUGCAUCCUUCCAUCGGUGAAAGCAUCAAAAGAUUCUGGAAUUUAUUCAGUAAAAAUCAAAGAUAUUAAUGGUAACUCAUUUGUAUGUAAAUUUUGCCUACAAGUCAUACCAUCUUUAUUGGUGAAUGAUAAUAAUUCAGUUAAAGUAAUUUAAAAUUACAUAUUUUGUACAGGAAAACUAACUUAUCCUAAUGUUAUCAUGAUAAAUGGCUUCAAAAUUGUAAUAGACCAUAUACUAACUAACAUUUCAGAAUAAAUUUAUGAUCUAAAAAGAAAACAUUAUGUUCCCAUAUUCAAGCACAAUAUCACACACAAUCUAUGAACUAUUAUCAUUCAUUGAUUUAUACAUUUUUUUCUCUCUCAAAACAUUAGUAAUUCAUAGAAACCUUUUAUUCUCCUCCCCUCCCCCUUGAUUAUACUAACAAUAAAUGCUUUUUCCCACUUUGAAUAAAAUUCAAACAACAACAUAGAAACAAACAAAUCAAUAAAAAUCUCCGGAAAUAAUUGUGUAAAUGAUACAAUCAUUAGAGGAAUAUUAUUUUUCAAGUAGACAAAACAACCAACAGAAAGAAUAUUCCAAACCAGUUUUGUUUUUCUUAAAAGAAAAAAGAAGGAAAGAUUUCAUUUUCUUUUAGUUCAUGUUAUUAUUUUGCUAGUCAUUUCAAUGUGUAUACAUACUUGUAUGUAUAAGAUGAGAUCAUAUUCACUAAAUAAAGAAAUAAAGAAAAAAUGAUACGUUAUGAAUGUUAUAGAAAGUCAAUCACUGACUGUUCACUUAUGUAUUUUGUGACUUGAAACAACAACAACGAAAAAAACUAUUACUAAAACUUUUCAUUUUCAACGCUUUACUUUCUCCCAUUUCGUUUUUUUUGUCUGUUUUUGGUUUUAACUUUCCAAAGUACUAUAGAUGUUUUUUUGUUGUUGUUGUUGCCAAACAUGGAAGGAUUAUCUAAUAUAAUACAUGUGUAUACUAUUAUCUAUUAUUUAUCAUGAUAACUAUUAAUGUGAUUAAACAUUUCAACAUUUGUCUUGCCUUUCUCUGUUGUCUUUUUGUUGUUGUGUUUUUAGACAAAAUUCUUCGAUGCUUCCUCCCUUUGUUUUUGUUUUCUCUUAAUUUAUUUACUUAUUCUCAUUCCCAUGAAUAUUUCUUUAUUGGAAAUAAAAAGAAAUCUGUUCUCUUCCUCGCCUAACCGGAUGCUUUAUUAUACUCAUAUUUUCUUUAAAUAUUUAAAAGAAAUUUUAUGAUUAUAUACAAAGAAAACGACUAUACAAAACUUUAUUAUAAUAUGAAACAAUUCUAACAGUUAUUGGUUUGUUAGUUUUUUGUUUCCAAGUUGUAUGUACGUAAUCAUAAAGCAUAUAUUUCCUCAUUUAUUCAUUUAACUCUUUUUAAAAUAAUAUUUUCUUUUUCUAUCUUAUAUAUUUGUCUUCUAUUAACAACGUAAUUGUUGAAAAAAAUAGUUGCUAACCUCUCUAUUUGAAUCAUUUAUCAUUAUUAUUGUUGUUCUGUUAUGAUUUCUUUCGAAUUUAAUGAGUAGUUAUGAAAUAGGCUACAGCGUAAGUAGAAACUUACUAAAACUGUUGAUAAGAUCUUAUGACUUCCAAAAAAGAAAACGCAACAAGAACGACGACAACAGCAACGACCAACUCUUCUGCUUUAUUACAAAUAAGAAUAAUCUAAAUGAACAAUGAUUAAUGUUAUCAUUUAAAAUUAUUUCAUUUCCCCUUGAAAUUUUUCUUAAUUUAUCACUAGUCUAUUCGCAUGUUUAUUUACUUAUACAAAGUAAAAUCUUUUCUCAAUUCUAAAUCUUUUCUUUGUUCUUUGAUAUAUUAUGCAAGUGACUAAAUGAUAUUAAUCGUAAUGAUGAUAAUACUGAUUAUUCUUAUUAUUCUGUUAUCCAUUACUUGAUAAUGAUAAAUAAUAAUAAUCAUCUCACUCAUUAUAUGUGCUAUUUUUUAGCCAUUGAAACAAGAAGUUAAAUUGAUUUUACGUAAUCUGUAUCCUGUUUUUACAUGAUUUUUUCUCUUCCUUUUGUUGUCGUACUUUUUCUCAUCGUUAAGUCCUUUUUUUCUUCUUUAUUGCCUAUUUGUUUCUUUCAACAGAACUGAAAAAAACUUUUCUUCUACCUGACCCUAUAUUAAAUGAUAAUUAUUUACUGACAUAAAUUAUGUUCGAUCUGAGAGAAAAAAAAGAAUCUGUUUUAAAAAAAUAAAGUUUGAAAAAUUA